AUGCACAACAAUGACCCAGAGAUCAUCGAGAGGGAGAUUAAGCGAAAGGACCCUCAUGCCAACUCCAUCCUCGAAACAGCACCUGGUUGGAAUGAAGCUACGGCCUCUGAGUCGGAAGCCAACAUCAAGGCCGAACGGCACGGCGGCAUUCCAGAUGCGAAAAAGACCCUGGAAUAUAUCAAGAAGAGGUAUCAUGAUGAGCCUAAAACUCCCAUUGCUGAUACCCCGCACAAAUACCGCGCAAACACGGUAGGGCAGACGGAUGACACAAGCAACCCGCAUACAUCUGCGGACUAUGAGAGGGACGAGGUAUCUGGGCCACUCGGCUCCAAGCACGACAAAUAACUGGGCGAACAACACGCUAAUAAGGGACAAAGAAGCUCUGAAACAUCAA